UUUCGGUUGUAGAAGGAAUGAGGAAAAAAAAAGCAUAAAACCCUGAAAGAAAAACUUGAAAAAUAAACAGACUUUCCAGGUUAACUUUUUUGAAGCACUAAAAUAUAUAAUGCAAAGAGAUAGAGUGAGAGAGGAGAGAAAAGAAGAAGAGCAUGGUCAUGCUUUGUCGGCCAUCUCUUUUCUUACAUAACCUUCACAUCCACACCAAGCAAAAAUGAUUGUCUUAAAAUCAUUCUGUAUACAUAGACAAACCGAAAACACUUUGGUUUUUCUUAGUUUCUUUUUAGCAUAAUCCUACAAAAAAAAAAAAAAAAAGAGCUGUUUAGUUUAUUGAACUUUGAGUCCAUUGAAAACCAGUUCAUUAUUUAAUGCAAACCAGUUCAUAUUUUCAAUCAAAGUUUAAGCUUCUGAGGUUUCCCUGUAUAAAUAUUUUCUGGGAAACUGAGAAAGCUUUUCCUGCAGCAGGUUUUCUAGGAAGGAAUAGUUGUUUUCCUUGGGAGGGUUCUACCUGGAAUUCUAAAAAGGCUGGUUGUCUGGAAACCUGAUGAUCAUGGGAGAAGAUUGAUAUUUAUGCAUCUGGGAAUUGGUUUGAGUCAUUCAGCCUUUAAACUUUCUAUAAUUCAUGUGAAUGCAACCUUUGGAUAUGGGGAGAUCAUUAUUACGUAGGCUGUUCACUGUUUUUAUUCUAAUUCAUGUCCUUUUGGUUCAUCAGUCCAAUGAGCUCAACUCUGAGGGUCAAUAUCUUCUUGAUAUUAAGAGUAAUCUUGUUGACAAGUUUAACCAUCUGGGUAAUUGGAACCCCAAUGAUCCAACUCCUUGUGGAUGGAAUGGUGUGAAUUGCACCUCCAUUGGUUAUUACAACCCUGUGGUCCAGUCUCUUAAUUUGAGUUCAAUGAACCUUUCUGGUUUUCUGUCUCCAAGCAUUGGUGGAUUGGUUCAUUUGACUACCCUUGAUCUUUCUUUCAAUGGGUUGUCUCAAAACAUUCCUAAAGAGAUUGGAAAUUGUUCAAUUUUGGAGAUUCUCAAUGUCAAUGAUAAUGAAUUUGAAGCUCAAAUUCCCAUAGAAUUAUGCAGCCUAUCUUAUUUGACAAUUCUAAAUAUAUACAACAAUAGAAUAUCAGGGCCUUUCCCUGAUGAGAUUGGAAAUCUUUCUUCUUUGUCACAAUUGUUUGCAUAUAGCAACAACAUCAGUGGAUCAUUGCCAAGUUCUCUUGGGAACCUUAAGAGUCUAAAAUGUUUUCGAGCCGGGCAGAAUUUGUUGACAGGAAGUUUACCUUCUGCUAUAGGUUCAUGUGAGAGCUUGGAGUAUCUUGGUCUUGCACAAAAUGCAUUGACAGGAGAGAUACCAAAAGAGAUUGGAAUGCUUAAGAACUUGAAAGAGUUAAUCCUUUGGGAUAAUCAGCUCUCUGGGUUGGUUCCAAAGGAGUUUGGCAAUUGUACAAAUUUGAGUAUUCUUGCUCUCUACGACAACAGGCUUUUUGGAAGGGUACCCAAGGAGCUUGGGAACCUUAUGAAUCUCAAGGAGUUAUACCUUUACAGAAACCAAUUGAAUGAAACAAUCCCAAGGGAAAUUGGGAAUCUUUCUUCGGCAGAACAAAUCGAUUUUUCGGAGAAUAUGUUGACCGGAGAGAUACCAGUUGAGUUGAGUAAGAUAAAAGGGUUGCGUUUGCUUUAUCUUUUUGAGAACCAUCUUACAGGUGUUAUUCCUGUUGAGCUUACCACUUUGAAGAAUUUGUCAAAGCUUGAUCUCUCCAUAAAUUAUCUCCAUGGUCCUAUUCCUACGGGAUUCCAAUAUUUGACAGAAUUGAUCAUGUUUCAGCUCUUUAACAAUUCAAUAAAUGGUAGCAUUCCUCAAAAACUUGGGGCUUAUAGCCCACUUUGGGCAGUUGAUUUAUCAGACAAUCAACUAAAGGGAAGGAUCCCUCCUCUUCUUUGCAGAAAUUCUAGCCUGAUCUUUCUGAACCUGGGGUUAAACAAACUCAGUGGAAACAUCCCAUCUGGUGUUACAAACUGCAAAUCACUGGUUCAACUUCUUUUAGUUGGUAACAGCCUUACAGGAAGUCUUCCAUCCAGUCUGUGCAAAUUGGUAAAUCUGUCUGCCGUUGAACUUGGCCAGAACAAGUUCACUGGGCCAAUUCCUCCAGAGAUUGGAAACUGCAAAACUUUGCAGAGGCUACACCUUUCAAAUAACUACUUUACAUCAGAGUUGCCAAGAGAGAUUGGUAAUCUUUCCCAGUUAGCGAGCUUUAAUGUCUCAUCAAACUCUCUCACUGGAAGGAUACCACAAGAAAUUUUUAAUUGCAAAUUGCUUCAACGACUUGAUGUCAGCCGGAAUCGAUUUAUGGGAAAUUUGGCCAGUGAGGUGGGAACACUUUCUCAGUUGGAGCUUCUCAAGCUUUCAGACAAUAAUCUGUCAGGGAUAAUACCUCCAGCACUAGGAAAUCUUUUGCGUUUGACUGAGUUACAAAUGGGGGGCAACUCAUUCUAUGGUAAUAUACCAGCUGAAUUAGGUGCCCUCUCCAGCUUGCAAAUUGCAUUGAAUCUCAGCUAUAACAGUCUCUCUGGAGUAAUCCCUCCUGAGCUUGGGAAUCUUAUUUUAUUGGAAUACCUUGUGCUUAAUAACAACCACUUGACUGGUGAAAUCCCAGGUUCUUUUGCGAAUCUAUCAAGCUUACUUGGAUGCAACUUUUCCUACAAUGACUUAACAGGGCCUAUACCUUCUCUACCACACCUCGAGAGCAUGGCUAUCAGCAGCUUUAUUGAGAACAAAGCUCUCUGCGGUGGACCUCUUGGUGGUUGUAAUCCAUCACCAUCUCAGUCCUCUCUUCGGCCAGGUACAGAAGAUAAAGGUAGCCGGUUAGGUAAAGUUGUGGCUAUAGUUGCAGCAGCCAUUGGUGGAGUUUCUCUUAUUUUGAUAGUAAUUAUUAUAUAUUUCAUGAGACGUCCAGUUGAAAUAGUUGCUCCUUUGCAAGAAAAACCUUCUUCUGCUCGAGUUUCAGACAUUUACUUUUCCCCCAAGGAAGGAUUCACUUUCCAGGACUUACUUGCAGCCACUGACAAUUUUGAUGAGAGCUUUAUUGUUGGUAGGGGAGCUUGUGGAACUGUAUAUAAAGCUGUCUUACCAAUUGGUCAUGUAAUUGCUGUUAAGAAGCUUGCAUCCAACAGGGAGGGCAAUAAUAAUGUGGAUAACAGCUUCCGUGCAGAAAUUUUAACCUUGGGGAAUAUCAGGCACCGGAAUAUUGUGAAGCUCUAUGGUUUCUGCUACCAUCAAGGUUCCAAUCUCCUUCUCUAUGAAUACAUGUCAAGAGGCAGUUUGGGAGAGCUGCUUCACGGAACAUCGUGCAAUCUUGAUUGGAGGACAAGAUUCCUGAUUGCCUUGGGGGCUGCUCAAGGUCUUGCUUAUUUGCAUCAUGAUUGCAAACCUAGAAUUUUUCACCGCGACAUAAAGUCCAACAACAUAUUGCUUGAUGAAAAGUUUGAAGCUCAUGUCGGUGACUUUGGAUUGGCAAAAGUCAUUGACAUGCCACAAUACAAGUCAAUGUCUGCAAUUGCAGGUUCUUAUGGCUACAUUGCUCCAGAAUAUGCAUAUACCAUGAAAGUCACAGAAAAAUGUGACAUCUAUAGCUAUGGAGUUGUCCUAUUGGAGUUGCUGACUGGCAGAACACCCGUCCAACCUCUAGAUCAAGGCGGUGAUCUUGUAACAUGGGUGAGAAAUUACAUUAGAAAUCAGUCAUUGUCACCUGGAAUACUUGAUGCUCGAUUGAAUCAACAAGAUGAGAGUACUGUUUCUCAUAUGAUAACAGUCUUGAAAAUUGCUUUGAUAUGCACAAGCAUGUCUCCUUCUGAUAGACCAACAAUGCGAGAAGUUGUUUUGAUGCUCAUGGAAUCCAACAGGCGCGAAAGCCACUUCGAUACCUCCCCUAGUCAUGACAUUGAUUGACUUGGAUGAACCUGAUGAUAUUGUAGGUAUAAUAAUUUUAAUUAACCAGGAUAAUUUUUCAGUUCUACUUGUAGAAAAUAUAGCAGACUGUCCUGUAAAUUUCUUCAUAGAGCAUCAUCACUCUUAUUACUGUCUUCCUCAUCUAAUUUUGCCUAUAAUGUUUUGUCAACUUUCAUUCCAUUUCAGCAGUAAUGUGACUUAAGACUUUUACAAGAACAUAGUCACGGAUGCAUGGGAAUGUCACCUUGCAAUAAUCUUUGAGGCAGUGCACUUGCAUUAGCCUCUUUUUUGCAUUCAUAUUUCAAGUUCAAUCCAAAGUUUGGAAGAAACUUUUAUCCUCUUUUCUCACAAAUCAAAGCUUCAAAAAAUAAGAGGUUGAUGUAUCUCCCAAUUAGACUAUUAAAAGUUUAUUAAAAAAAAGAAAGAAAUUAAAGCCUUUUCUUCA